ACAGGCGAAAACGUGACGCGCUAAACGAUAAUAUUAUUGUUUAUUUUCCGUGCGGUGGUGUUUCUGGAACGUGAACUCGCGCACGCGAACCCUGACGCGACGCGCACCGCAGACGGACACGGGCAGGACCCGUACGGCGGACUGGCGGCGACGAACGGAUGUCGGCGGAUAGCGUUCGACGGAAAACGGCACGAGCCAACGGAUACACAACAAUAACAGUUAUGCCGUCGCAACAGUACUAUCAAUAAUAACAUCAUUAUCAUAAUAUUUUAUCAAUUAUCAGCGAGACGGCGGCGUCGUUGUUUCGUUUGAAAAAGUUCGCGACCUCUUCCGUUUGGGUACCCCGUGGUAGACGCUACUGCUGUCGAGCGUUUCGGCGUGUGCGUGCACGUGUAAGUACUUCCGUGGUAUUUUUUUCUUUUUUUGUUCUUUUCUCUCCGUCUCGACUUUUAGGUGCUCUACCCGUCGCGGUCGUCACCCGUCAGCAAAACCGUUUUUCGACGUCAGUACGUGAUUGAUCGUAUCGGAGCCGUCAUGGCGAUGAAGAGGACCAUCGACUUCCAUCUGAACGACCAAAGGAAGAAGACCAAUCUGUUCCGAGCGGUCAGAAACGACGUAAACAAACCAUUCGUCAUCUUGGAUAAAGAUUCUAGCACCGAUGAUGAACCUAUGAACUUAACUACAAAAAUAUACCCUCUCAGUCAUUAUGCUAACGAUCCUGAACAGUUAAUACAACAACUUUUUUCUGUUGUUCGUGGAAAGCGGCUUGCACGACUCAUACCACCUGAGCUUAAGGAUAUGUCAUUUGAAGAAUUAAAAGCUGAUUGUUUAAUUCAAUUAUUGUGUAUGUCAAAAAAACGUGUCUUAGCCACAUUGGAAGGCAAAGAUAUGAGUUCUUCGUCGGAUUCUGAUGAUUCUAUUGAUAAUCAUAGAAAACAAAUAUUAGAAUCAGAAAAUAAAGAUGAAAUCUCUCAUAAGAGAUCUCGCAAAGAAAAGAAAAUUAAAUUUUCUAAAAAGAAAAAAGUUGAAACAGAAUCUGAACCUGAAAAAGAGAAACCUGAAGAAAAAGAAGGCAAAACAUUAUUGGAGAUUUUAGAAUUAGAAAUGAAAGCAAAGGCUAUACGUGCUUUACUUGGUUCAAAUAAAAAUGAUUGUAAUACACAAAUUGAAGAAGCAAUCAAAGAUGAAAUAAUUGCUGCGAAAACUGAAGAAAAUAAUGAGGAUAAAACUUGGAGUGAACGAUAUGAGCAGAGACAAGAUGUUAAAGAAGUAGUUAAGACCAGUAGAUUGUGCACGAAUAUGAGACGACGUAUGCUCUUACAUCAGCAAAAAAUGUUGGCUGAGAGAGCAAAAUUGAAAGCUAUGGAAACUGAAAAUGUUAAACCUGAAGAUACUAUAAAAUCAAAAUUGGAGGAAAAAAUACAAAAUGUUUAUCUCAAAAAUGAUAAAGAACCAACAACAAAUCACAAUAUUGAGAAAAAUUUGAAUGAAAUAACUGAAAAAUCACAAGUUGACAGUCAAACUAUUGAUGAUGAGAACAUUGAUGAUAAACUCCAACCAAUAAAAAAGCUUCCUGAAAGUGAUAUAUUUGCAAAAACCAAGAAUACUACUGGUUUGAAUAAAGGUGCAACUACUAUUAAUGCACAUGAAUCAACUGAUGAUGAUUCACAAAAAAGUACAGAUUUUGAGAAAGUAUUGAGUGACUAUACACAGAAGAAUACAGAUUUAGAAACUACUAUUAAUGAGUAUUCUCUAAAAAAUAAUGAUUUGGAAGAUGAAAUUAAUAAAUGUUCAAAAAGAAAUGACGAUAUGGAAAACACAAUGAAUAUAUGUGCCCAGAAAAAUUCAGAUAUUGAAUCAGCCAUCAAAAAUUUUUCAAUAAAAAAUAAUGGAAUUGAUGAAAACCUAGCGCGGGAUAGUAAGAAAAAUAAUGACUUGAACAAUGCUAUCGAUGAAUAUUCUAAACAAACUACCGAUCUCGAUUCAAUGAUAGGUUCAUAUUCGAUUAAAAAUGGAGUACUGAACGCCAUAGUAAAGGAGUAUUCAAAAAGAAACUCGGACAUUUUGUCAUUAAUGGGUGAAUACUCUCAAAACAAUGUUGAUAUUCAAUCAGUUAUUGGUGAUUAUGCUGAAGGCAACAUCAAGUUGGAGACAAUAAUUGAUGAGUACUCACUCAGAAAUGCUAAAAUCAAGACUAUGAUUGAUGAAUAUUCAGUAAACAAUAGUAAUGUUGAGAAAAUCAUUGAUCGAAACAACAGAAAGCAGUUGUUAAUUAAUAAUUACAAAAUGGAAUCGGCUGCAGGGAAAUCUGAUGAUGCCUUAAAUAAUACAAAAGAGAAAAUUGGGUCAGCCGUUAUUUUAAGUGAAUCGAACAUAUUACAAAAUGUUGAAUCUGUUAAGGAUUUAACACAAGUUGAUGAAACAGUGAAUGAAAUAGAUAAAAAUAUUAUUGAAAAUUGAUAAAUCAAUUUUAUAAAAUUGAUGAAAUGUCACAAUUAUUGUGUCAUUUCAUAUUUCUAAAAACAAUGAUACCAUACAUCAGUUUAAUACUUAAGUAGUAUACUUAAUAACAAGUAAAAGUAUACUUUAUAAAUUUAAAAUCAAUACCCUGAUAUU